ACGUUAGACUGACGGAGCAGAAUAACACAGAGACUCUGAGCACACAGAAGCACUCACACUGCGCGCUGGAUAUUACUGAACAGCAAAGCCGCUCGGAUGUGCAAUAUGACUUUUGAAGAAACCGGUGGAGAGAAUUCUUCAGAAAGGAUGGAAUCGGUGGCUAAAGCAUUAGAGGAGGUCCUGAGCUCUGCAUUGCCUCAGGGUUGCAUCACUGUUGGAGUUUAUGAGGCAGCAAAGUCUCUAAAUGCAGAUCCAGACAAUGUGGUGUUGUGUCUGCUGGCCACAGAUGACGAAGAGGAUGUGGCUCUCCAGAUUCACUUCACCUUGAUCCAGGCUUUCUGCUGCGAGAACGACAUCAACAUCCUGCGAGUGAGCAAUAUGAGGCGUUUGUCAGAAAUACUGGGAGGAGUGAAACCUGGAGGGGAGCCCAUGGAUCUACACUGUGUUCUAGUGACGAAUCCUCAGUCAUCCCUUUUGAAGGACCCUGCACUAAGCAAACUGAACCGAUUCUGCAGAGACAGCCGCUGUCUGGAUCAGUGGGUGCCUGUUAUCAACCUGCCAGACCGAUGAAACUACUUGGAAUAUAAUAUUUUGUGUGCAUUUGGUGAAAAGUAAUUGCACAAGGCCUGUCUUAAUGUCUGUGUUGGACUUCUCUGGAAAGUACCUCAGAGAGAGUAAGAGAUGGGAGGGGCAGGGAAAAAAAAA